AUGUUCUCCCUUCGUCUCCUAUUUUCUCCCUUCGUCUCCUAUGUUCUCCCUUCGUCUCCUAUGUUCUCCCUUCGUCUCCUAUGUUCUCCCUUCGUCUCCUGUUUUCUCCCUUCGUCUCCUAUGUUCUCCCUUCGUCUCCUAUGUUCUCCCUUCGUCUCCUAUUUUCUCCCUUCGUCUCCUAUUUUCUCCCUUCGUCUCCUAUGUUCUCCCUUCGUCUCCUAUGUUCUCCCUUCGUCUCCUAUGUUCUCCCUUCGUCUCCUAUGUUCUCCCUUCGUCUCCUAUUUUCUCCCUUCGUCUCCUAUGUUCUCCCUUCGUCUCCUAUGUUCUCCCUUCGUCUCCUAUGUUCUCCCUUCGUCUCCUAUUUUCUCCCUUCGUCUCCUAUGUUCUCCCUUCGUCUCCUAUUUUCUCCCUUCGUCUCCUAUGUUCUCCCUUCGUCUCAUAUGUCUCCAAUAUGAUGCUCUUACCAUUAUAUUUGGUGACACGUCUCCUAUGUUCUCCCUUCGUCUCCUAUUUUCUCCCUUCGUCUCCUAUUUUCUCCCUUCGUCUCCUAUGUUCUCCCUUCGUCUCCUAUUUUCUCCCUUCGUCUCCUAUUUUCUCCCUUCGUCUCCUAUGUUCUCCCUUCAUCUCCUAUUUCUCCCUUCGUCUCCUAUUUUCUCCCUUCGUCUCCUAUGUUCUCCCUUCGUCUCCUAUUUUCUCCCUUCGUCUCCUAUGUUCUCCCUUCGUCUCCUAUUUUCUCCCUUCGUCUCCUAUGUUCUCCCUUCGUCUCCUAUUUUCUCCCUUCUCCUAUCUUUCUCCGAUCUUCUCCCCCCCAUGCAGCUCCAGCUAUACUUCAAGCCCCGCCCAUGGCCCCCACCUACUCAUGCAUUGUGCUGGGUUCCCUUUCCCCCCACAUCCCCCCCUUUCCCAGCCCCGCUCAGUGGCCCCACCUACUCAUGCAUUGUGGUUCUCAUCCACCUCAACCAGUGGUUCUCAUCCACCUCAACCAGUGGUUCUCAUCCACCUCAACCAGUGGUUCUCAGCUGUCUUGUAUCGACUGGGCUGCCCUCACUGCCUCACCUCAACUUCUUCUUGCCCUGUUUCACUCACCCUACUUUUCCCCCCAUGCAGCUUCAGCUAUACUUCAAGCCCCGCCCAGUCGCCCCCACCAACCCCAACGCCCAUCUCCUCCCCUCCUCCAUGCCUCCCCAUCCCCAUCCCCACCCACCUCCCCCUCCUCUCUCCUCCCGCCCCCCUCCUCCUACCGGCCCCUCCCCCCGCCCCCCUCCCCCGUCCUACCCUUCCUCCAUGCCCCCUCCCCCUCCUCCCCCUUCCUCCAUGCCCCCGCCUCCCCCACCAAGCGGAUACGCUCCCCCUCCUCCCCCAAGCGGAUAUGCACCCCCUCCCCCUCCCCCUCCCCCUCCCCCUCCCCCUCAAGGGGGGCAGUAUGGGGGGGGAGGCGGGUACAUGCCCCCCCCUCCCCCGCCACAGCAGCAAGGGGGGGGAGGGGCGGGGGGAAUGGGGGCGUAUGGGGGUGCGUAUGGGGGGUAUCCCCCUAGCAACCAGCCACAGGCACAUGUGGGGGGAGCGGGGGGAGCAGGGGGAGGGGGAGGGGGAGCAGGGGGAGCGCCAGUGUCCAGACCCCCACCCCCACCCCCCCAGCAGCAGCAAGGGGGAAUGUAUUCUGCUGUCCCCCCGCCUCCCCCUGCUGCACCUGGGGGGUACCAGCCCCCUCCCCCACCACAGACCUAG